CAAGAUCAAUAAUAAAAAGAGGUGGGAUCCCACCAAAGAGGUAAGGCCUACAUCAUGAACACUUUAAUUCAUGAGAGAUCCUUGUUCCAAGUCUUUGCUUAUAUAUCUGUAUCAACCACUUCAUUUGCAGCCAUAAGUUCAAAAGCAGCAUUUUAGAGUCUCUCUUCUCCCCCAGCAUACCACACUACUAUUUCAGUUUCAGCUUCACUUAGAUUUCGCCAUGCCCCUCUGUUCCGUUGCACCAAAACCGGAAAACGAUGACACUCAGCUUGCCACAGGUCUUCCAACCAGCCAAGAAGGUUGUGAUACAGUUUAUCCAUCUUUCCCUUCGCAGCCCUUUCUUCAACGGGUAUCACACCCCAUCACUCUAAAGUUUGAAGAGGUUGUUUACAAGGUAAACUUGGAAAGAAAAGGCACUUGUUAUGGAGGAACAUCAAGCGCCAAAGAGAAGACAAUACUCAAUGGGGUGACAGGCAUGGUUUCUCCGGGAGAGAUACUGGCUAUGCUUGGUCCAUCGGGCAGUGGAAAAACCACCCUCCUUACAGCCCUCGGAGGCCGCCUCUCCGGGAGCUUAUCAGGAAAGAUCAUGUACAACGGUCAGCCAUUUUCAGGUUCUAUCAAACGACGAACUGGAUUUGUUGCGCAGGAUGACGUUCUAUAUCCUCAUCUUACCGUGUUUGAAACUCUUUUCUUCACUGCACUACUAAGACUUCCUAAAAGCUUGACCAAAGAAGAGAUAAUACAGCACGUGGAGCACGUUAUUGCAGAACUGGGUUUAACCAGGUGUCGCAACAGUAUGAUAGGAGGGCCACUGUUCAGAGGAAUAUCAGGAGGUGAGAAGAAGAGGGUGAGCAUAGGUCAAGAAAUGCUAAUCAACCCGAGUCUGAUUUUAUUAGAUGAGCCCACAUCAGGUCUUGACUCAACCACCGCUCAAAGGAUAUUGAACACAGUAAAAGGGCUAGCUAGUGGAGGUCGAACAGUAAUAACCACCAUUCAUCAGCCUUCUAGCCGGCUCUACCAUAUGUUCGACAAGGUAGUCUUGCUCUCCGAAGGCUGCCCAAUCUACUAUGGGCAAGCAUCAACUGCCAUGGAAUAUUUCUCUUCCAUUGGCUUCUCAACAUCCAUCACUGUCAAUCCUGCUGAUCUUUUGCUCGAUCUUGCCAAUGGGAUUGGACCUGAUUUCCAGCAUGCUACUGAGCACAACAACUGCACCCAGCAAGACCCUACGUCUGUGAGAGAACUUCUCAUCUCUGCCUAUGACAAGAACAUUUCUACAAGGUUAAAAACUGAGCUUUUCAGUUCCGAUGUGAGUAGCUACAAUAACAAAAAGGAAACCUCCAUAAGGAAUGUGAAAUCACAGAAAUGGUGCACAACUUGGUGGCAUCAGUUUAAGAUCUUGCUCUUACGGGGACUGCGGGAGCGAAGGUUUGAAGCCUUCAACAAGUUAAGAAUCUUUCAGGUCCUAAGUGUGGCAGUACUUGGCGGGCUCCUAUGGUGGCGCACCCCAUCAUCUCAUAUAGAUGACCGUACUGCAAUGCUGUUCUUUUUCUCAGUGUUCUGGGGCUUCUACCCACUUUACAAUGCUGUUUUCACUUUCCCUCAAGAAAGAAGAAUGCUAAUCAAAGAAAGGUCAUCUGGCAUGUACCGGCUAUCCUCCUACUUUGUAGCCAGAACAGUGGGAGAUCUUCCUCUGGAGCUCGCACUACCAACAGCAUUCACGUUUAUCUUUUAUUGGAUGGGUGGCCUAAGCCCGGACCCAGUUACCUUUAUCCUCUCUCUGCUAGUUGUCCUUUUCAGUGUCCUUGUUUCUCAAGGCCUUGGCUUGGCAUUUGGUGCCAUACUAAUGGACGUCAAACAAGCAGCAACUUUAGCAUCAGUAACAACAAUGGUGUUCCUAAUCGCUGGAGGAUACUAUGUUAGACACAUCCCACCCUUCAUAGCAUGGUUAAAAUAUCUCAGCUACAGCUACUAUUGUUACAAACUUCUUCUCGGGAUUCAGUACAAUGAGAACGACUACUAUGAGUGUGCAAAGGGAGUUUACUGCCGAGUUGGAGAUUAUCCUCCCAUAAAAGCAGUAGGUUUUGACCAUUUGUGGUUGGAUGCCUUUAUCAUGAUGCUGAUGCUGGUAGGUUAUCGGCUUCUUGCUUACCUAGCUCUACAACGGGUGCAGUGAAGGAUUUCUAACAGGCGGAGGGUGAAACAACUUUUUCUAAUCAUUCAACCGAGCAAUAAUGUUAGUUUAGGUCAAUACCAUUGCCAGGUUUUUUAUCAUAGAUAUUUACAUAUUUAAAAUAGUACUACUA